AGUGCGAAUUCGGCGCAUGACGGCGAUGGAACAACGGCGAGUAGUACGUCGACUACAAUUUUUAUUAUUAUUUUGUUUUGUAUAGUUGUAAAGCGCGAGCGUUCGUUGUAAAGCUGCAGUAAAAAAAUAGUUGUGACGCAUAGUUGUUGUUUAGCGAUAAAUUACGCGUUUGCUCAUGCAUUAAUUGCCGAUAAAAAUCUGAAAAUAAAUGUCAGCUAUUGCAUGAAAUCAAUUGUGAAGUUUGUACGUGUAUUUCCGUUAGCUUUGUAAAUAAAAUGACAUCAGUGUGUCAUCGGGCGAAGUGUUGGCAAUAUUCGGUCAAGCAUAUGAAGAAAGUUUGUGCCAGCAAAAAGUCGUUAGAAAUUGUGUUGCUGCGCUUGUAGCGGUUGUUAUUUUUGUGAGCGUAUACUCUUACGUCAAACCUGUUUGACUGGUGUUAGAAAACAGCUGAUGCCGUGCCGACAACAACAAAAGUGUAAAAUUGAGUGUAGAAACAAAAAACAAAACCAAAACAAAGUAUAAUAGAUAUGAUAGAAAAUUGAAAUAAAAUUAAAUAAUUUGCGCUAAUUACGAUUUUAUAUAACAAGCGCUACUAAAAUAAGAAAUCGGCUGUGUUUUGCUUACCGCUGUAUAUGUAUGUAUAAAUUAAAUAUGGACUAUGCAUAGCCAUAAAGCGUCAAACGUCAGUUGACUAAACGAGCGCGCUGCGACGGACAUAUAAGCAAGGAGCAGCGCGCAACACCGCCCGCGCCUAAGGCAACCUUAGCUGUCAGCAGACCAAAGCGCUAACAUGCUACUAAUCGCCGAUGAGUGUGUGUGUGUGUGUGUAUUACAGGUGCGCAUGUACAAAAACAGGGUUGUUUGCCUAAGAAUUGGUGCGACUGAUCGAUCGCCAGCGUCGUCGGCGCGUGUUUAUCAUGUUUAAUAAGCUUAAACGCCCCCAAUAAAACAAGUUAAAAAUCAAUUUCGAUAAAAAUGCAAUAAAAAGUCAAAUAAACGGUGAAAUUGUAAAUACAUAAAUAAACUCAUAAACCACAGUUUGACAGCCCAUGAUGUAUGACAGUUUGAUUUGCCAAGCAGCAGUAUUGAAUUGUCUUAUAUCCACGUAUACCGUCAAUACCAAAAACUGCACAGCAAACAUGUCCAACACCAUACAAAACACCGUUGACAUUGCGUCGCUGCCGCGCAAUAGUUCGGAUUCGCAUAUCAAGCGUUUGAAUGUGAAGAAAAAUGAGUCCAAACUGUUUCUCAUCAAGUCGUACAGCUUCAACGAUAAAUCACUAAAAAAUCACGCGUUGCCGCAGCAGUCUAAACAACGCGCAAAAAAUUUUACUACUUACCGCCAAAUAGACGCGCUGCUACUCGACGCUGCGCCCGCAAAGCCGCAAACAAGUGCCAAAAACGAACAAAAUAAAACAAAUGCGACAGCGCAAAAAUGCAAAGCGAACAAAACGGUUACCGAAGAGGACGAGGAUUUACGUGCCUUGCUGCGUCAUCCCUCCGUUAUUAUGGAGGGUGUGGUGAGUGAAGUGCAUGCGCGUCCCAAAUCGUUGCCGAGUGCGGCAAUGACGAGCACGCGGCAGCCACCAGACCGGGCGGCGCCACCGCCGCCUACAGUCAACGCAAACAAAUCCAAACAAAAUGGCUUCAAACGCGAGUCAUUCUUGCGUCACAGCUUGCAAUCGUUACGCCGCAGCUUCAGCACGCAUAAGAAGUUUGCCGGUUUCGGGCAUAAUGCCACAAAUACCAAAGCAACUAACAAAGCCACGCAUGCGGUAGCAACUAAAACUUGCUCAUCCUCAACAUCAUCAACGACAUCAACAAGCUCCGCCACCACCUCGACGGCGUCGGCGGCCUCCAGACAUGCGCGCAGCAACGGAAAGGCGUGUAGUCAAAGUGAAAAAGUUGGCAUUAUUAUGAAGCUGAAUGACAAUACCGCCUGUUGGGCGGACGGCACAGGCGAAACCGGCUACUGUGCUACUGGGUAUGUCAGUAGUCAGAAGGAAUUGUGUGCAAGCGUCAGUACAUUUACUGCAACUCCCAACGAUUCUACUUCCAUGGCACCAUUGCAAAGUCACGCUGAAACGCAAAGUGUCACAACAUUAAACUUUCAGGACAAAGAAACCUCGCCGAACGGCAGCAACUCGAGCAGUUCGAGCAGAACGCAGCUGACGCAAAAACAAAAGCAACAGCAACAUAAGCGCCAAAGCUCCAAUCAAAGUGAUAAUUACAACACAGCCUAUUCGACAACAUCGGACAGUUCAACGCAGUAUCUGAACAAUUGUCGGUUUGAAACCAGAUCUUUGUACACAAUUGCGCCGAGCGGAUCCACUACCAGCAUACGCAGCAUCAGCCCAACGUCGCGUAAGAGUGCCACCAACACCACGGCGAAGCAUGAGCAAUCGACAGCGGCAGCAACAGCUGCUGCCGCCGCUGCAACAGCGGUGCCUGCCGAGAAGGAGAAGAAGCGCAAGGAAGUCUCCAGUUCGCGUGUGAAGAAAUUCCAUCGGCACUUUACGCAAGUCUCCAAAGAUGAGAAGCUCAUCAAUUAUUUUUCCUGUGCGCUUGUUAGUGACAUACUGCUGCAAGGACACCUUUAUAUAACAGAUCAGCAUUUUGCAUUCUAUUCAAAUGUGUUUGGUUAUGUUACCAAGGUUGUCAUACCCACGUCGUCCGUCACGAAAAUCUCCAAAGAGAAGUUGGCGAAAAUUAUACCGAAUGCCGUGGGUGUCGCCACCGCCGAUGAGCGGCAUGUCUUCGGUAGUUUUAUGAGCCGUGAGGCAGCCUUCCGUUUAAUGUGCAGCGUUUGUCCGCCAUUAGCACCCAUUGAAAAUCUUCCAAAAGCACCCGCAGACAUUGAAAUUUCCGAAGAAUACUCAAUUGAGGACGACAGCAGCUGUUCGAUUAGCGGCAACGAGAGUCCACCACAAGCUCUAAUUGCAGCAGUCACCGCCAACAUUGGCGCAAUCGACGAACUUGGCCAAACGCUGAUACACCGCAAUGUAACUGGCUCCAGUGUGAGCAUUGCCGAUGGCACCGCAGCAGCAAAUGAAAACCAUCGACAUUCCGAUAUUCCAAUAGAUGCCAAACAAGCCGGCGCUUUCACCAACACAACAAUGCGCGCAUCAGCGCCACCCUCGGCACGCUACAACUCCAGCAAUGGCAAAACUGCCAGCGGCGCAGACGGUACGCCGACUGCAAAUACCAGCGGGGGUGAAGGCAUGACGACCGCCGGUAUUGCACUAAUUGUGACCGGCACCAAUACGUCAGGCUCAUCGUCGCCCACACCGUCAACAUCUUCCUCGCUGCCAAUCACAGUGAUGGGCAGCACACCUAAGUCAGCAGCGCAUGCGGCUGUGUCGAGCUUUAGAACGCUGACGCAGAAGGCGCUGCUGCGCUUGAAAUUCCCCAAGGAAUUACAUGUCGUUUACUUAGGUGUGCUGCUCACUAUGGUGCUGGCGCUAUUCUCUGUUUUUCUGCUCUAUCGAAUACUGGACAUUGAGGCGAAAACGAGCGCAUAUCGCUCGCCAAACGAAUUUAAUUGGCAGCGCGCCGGCACCGAUGACGAUAUAUUUGCGGAGGCUUUGCGUUGGCAAAAGGAGCUGCAAGCUAAAAGCACCGAAGAAGCUCAAGAUAUACUUACACACAAUUUAGAGCAGAUUGCCAAGCCUUUAUAUUAUCGUAUCUCUGCUCCGCUCUCUUUUCAGGUGCGUCGCAGCUUAGAAACGCUCUCAAUGUUAAUCCAUGACAGAAGCGCAGCUCAUGAACAGCGCGACGAAAGUGACUGAAUUUAUAUUUUUAAUUAAUUUUAAUUACAAUUUAACCGUAAAAGGAAAGGUCACGAUCCUUUCACACACAUACAUACAUACAUACAUACUACAUAGUUACACAUUACUUUUAAGCUGAUAAACUACGUUUAAAUUAAAGCAGUUAUAUUUACUUUAAUGAAAUAAAUUCAACUAAGCACUACAUACAAACAUAAAUAAAGCAGAAGCAGUUGGAAAGCAAAGCAUAAAGUGAAAAAGUGCGUAGAAAAUGCGACAGUGGUGAGCGCUAAAGCGGCGGCGCUUAAAAGCAGUGACACAAGCAAGCAAGCAGCAAGCUUUGAAAAAUGAAAAGUGAGUGCAAAACAUACAUACAUACAUGCGUAAAUAUGUAUUUCAGGCAAAUGCCGUUGGCAAACUUGCGAAACAUGUAAAUAUAUUUUCAUUUUGAAAUGUGCAUUCUGUCAAUUUAAUAUUUAUAUAUAAUAAAUUUUUUUUUAAUAAUUUCGCUGAUCACUUCUUUGCCUGUGGCUGUGCGCUCAAGUCAAUUUUUAUAUGGUUCCUAUUAACGGUUAAAGUAAUUUCUUGGUAUUGUAGUCAUGCUGUUGUGCCAAAGAUAUUUAGAAAUGAUAUCUGUACUGCGAAGAACCGCGAGUUGGCGUGCAAAAUUGUAUUUGCGACAUUUUGCACGUUUCAAAAUGAAUUUAUAUUUUAUGUAAAAUGCAAUUUAAGUCACAACAAAAUGGCUAAGUGUGCAAAAUCGGCCAAAUUAUGCCAAACAUUUUUGGCAACUGUGUAAGUUUUCAAGCAAAUUAGUGGAAUUUAAGAAAAAUAAAUACACCAUAAUAAUUGUCACUUAACUUAUAAGCACAAAAUUUGAAGUAAAGUGUUGCACUAUAAAACUAAAAAUAUCACUGUAAAAAAUGCAUUGCAAACAUUAAAUUUAUUUAGGCAAAAUUUAUUGCUAUUAAAAUAAUUUUCAUAUGUUUUCAAGUAUUAAAAAAUAGCAGAAAUAACUUUAUUAAGAUAAAAAGUUUGCCAUGCCUGAAAAUCAAAAAAAUUCUGUGGUUGGUCCAAAAAAUUUUUUUUGAUAAUAAAAAAUAUAUAUAAUAAAAAUUUUUUUUAUAUUUAAAUUUUAUAUUUUUUUUUAUAUAAUAAAAUAUUUUUUUUUUAUAUUUAAAUUUUAUAUUUUUUUUUAUAUAAUAAAAUAUUUUUUUUAUAUUUAAAUUUUAUAUGUUUUUUAUAUUUAAAUUUUAUAUUUUUUUUAUAUAAUAAAAUUUGUAUUUAUAUUUAAAUUUUUUUUUUAUUAAAAUUUUUUUCUAUACACAACUUUUUUUUUAUUGUAUUAAAAAUUAUUGCAUAUUUUUAUAUUAAAUUUCACUGUGUUCACGCUGGAAAUUGAAAAAACAUGCUGGCCGAUGCUCACAUUUAACCCUUAUGUGCAAACAUUUUAUAAUAUUUACCGGUACUCAAAAAAAAAAUCAAAUCAAAAUAAAUCAAAACUAACUGCAGCGCUGCGCCGCUGUCCGCAAAUAAAUAAAUAAAAUUAAGCAAGCAUGCAAUUUUUAACGAUAAAACGCAAAAUUAGUUUAUUACGCAAGCGUUUAAAGCAACUAAGUGUUAAAAUAAAUUAUAAUAUAAAAAUGAGAACAAAAACAAAAACUCAACCAGCUGUGCAGCAUAAAGCGCUGGCAGCAAAAAGAAACAAAAAAAUAAAUGUAUUAAAAUAUUACAACAACAAAAA